CACAGCUCAGCUACAUUUAAGCAAGUAUAUUUGGAUAUAUGGAUAACUGAGUUUCCCCAUCAUUUCCCUGGGGGUACAUGGCGCGAUGGAUAUCUCCAAGAACAUUUACGCGUGCAGCCCUCUACCAGCUAUUAAUCUUUUAAUAAAUCGCAGAGAGGAGUUUUGAGACACUUUUUAUAGUUAUCUUAACUUCUGUGAUGGAUUUGAAACAAAAGGAGGGGCGAAUGUCAAAGGAACUGACCACGAAUUGAGGGGGAAAAAACCUAAGGGAAAGAUGUCUACAUUUGCCACCCACCCGAAAUCGAUUGUAUUACAUUCCAGAAGCUUCGCACUUGACGUAUAAAAACAAGACGCAUGUUCUCAAGAAAGACACGAGACAACAGGAACUGUUGGAAGAUAUAUUUUUCUCUGACAACUUUGCGUGCACAUCAUUAGAGGUAGAAGCACCUACCAAUAUAUAAUCGCGCUGGAAAGCCAUGCGGGCUGAGAAGAGAUGGCACAUAUUGUUGAGUAUGAUUCUUUUGCUCAUCACCUCCAGCCAGUGCAUGGACAGCAAGGAGGUAAAGGAGUCGGAAAGGAAAACUCUGCUUAACCUAAUCCUGCAAGUGAUCGGGGACAAGCCCGCGUCCAGGCGCGUCACCAGUGGCCUCUACUCUGUAUCUCAAGAUGUGAAGUUUUCCUCUCGUGAAAAGACUGCACAAUUGUCCAACAACAGCAGACCAAUAGAGAUUGUCCCAAGAGACAUAAGCAUGAAAGGCAAAUUUAUAGAACAUUUCACAGCAGGACCAGUCAAGUUUCCAUCUGAAUGCAGGACACAUUUCCAUAGAAUUUAUCACAAUACAAGGGAAUGUUCCAGACCAACAUAUUAUAAAAGAUGUGCACGAUUGCUAACAAGACUAGCUAUGAGUCCCCUUUGCACACAGUCAUAGAAACUGCAUGUCCUGAGGAUAUAAAAGAAGAAACUCCAGAGAUGUUGGAGUAAAUUAUUAUUUCCAAGGAAGUGCCUUCAAAUCACUGCAAUUAACUGACAUUUUUUUCAUUUAUGUCAUUUCCAUUUCCAAA